AUGCUGCAGGAACUCUCUCACAUGGACCGUAUCACUCAGCUGCAAGAUGAGAUUCAACAAUUCCUUACAAUAAUGUCAAGCAGUAUUGCUUACUUGACCUCUCGGGCCAACUUUCUGCAAGUUAGCCCCGAAGUUCCCAUUACGAAACAACGCAAGGCCGAGAAGUACGAUCCUCCAGAGGUGCUUGAAGCCAACAAGAAGGAGCUUGUGGCGGACCUUGUUGUGAAGGCAAAACAGAUCGAGUUACUCAUCCAGUCUUUACCGGAGCCAGAACCUGAGGAAGCGCAGGCGCGUCGUCUGCAAGGCCUCGAAGAAGAAAUGGUGGAGGCUAACGCGGAAUAUAUUCGAGCGGUGAAUCGUGCCAAGAGCUUACACCAACGGAUGUCCUUGCUUUUGCGCACCAUGCUAGACGAGGUUGAACUUCCCGAUGAUGCGCCUGGCUAGGCCAAUCUUCCCAGAAGUUCUUUGCUCAGAGUUGGUCCUCAGCUCAAUGACUCGAUAACAGCACCUUCCCCGAAGCUGUGCACACCUAUGGCUGGACACCAGGGUAGUUCGGUGUUGCAACAUCCUUCACCGAAGUGUUUCACGAUUUGCUGUCCUUAGAAGAAGUUGAUGGGACGGGCGUCUUGUCACAAGGCGGAGGGGGUGCAGUGGGUCUGCACUCGAGGUGAAGGGGCGUGCGGUUUUAUGGUCGUCAACCAGAGUGUCUUACCUUGAGGGCUAUAGCUGGUAGACGUUAUCCAUGGGCGGACUAGCUCCUUUACAAAG